AUGGAGCUCGGCCCGUUCAUUUCCACGCGCAAGCUGUCGCUCUCCCAAGAGCACAACCCAACAAUGAACGCACUUGUCCAGUCUGCCCUGACUGAUGUCGAAUCUAAACUCAAUGCUCUCCUGACUAGCCUCACAACCUCACCCACUGCUGCAGGAGCCCCUGCCGCAGCUGUCGCCCUGCUCGAUGCAGACGAUGCGCUAACCUCCGCCAUUGAAUCCCUUCGACAGCACCAAGAAAACUACGCAAAGAUUCUUCGACUGCGAACAGAGGCACAGCAACUGGAGGAUCGAGUCAAGGGUAUCGUGGGGGACAUUGAAGGGUUCGAGAAAGAGAUCCGCACAGCUUGUGGAGACAACGGCGACAGCGACAGCGAUUUCGAUUCCGACUCCGACUCGGAUGACGACCUUGGGGGAGAGAAAUCAGUGCUACGGGGAAUCAAAGAGAUUGACUACAGAUUACUCUUGGAUUUCGCACGUCGCAUCAGCAAAUACAACCACGAAGCGGCAGCCGAUGCCGCAACAGGCGUUGUGAAACGGCCAGAACAUGGAAAUGCCCCCGCCGAUAAAGAUGUGGCGAUGACUGGAACAAAUGGAGAACAUCCAACAGAGGAGGGCGCAGAGCCAGUGGCAUCUGUCACCAAAAACGCAACGCAGUGGUUGGACGAGUCCGCGAACGUUACGCGCCAGGUCUACAUGCUGCCCUACCCGAUGGAGGAACGGAUACGGAUGGGACUGAUGGGUCAAAUUCAGCUUGCUGCUGGCGACGACCCAGAAAAGGAGGUAGAGCGGUUGAUACGCGAGGCUGAGGGUCUUGGGGCCGCAGAACCGCCGGCACCGAUGGCACCCGCAGAAAGCACAAAGCAGGCGGGCGAGGCUGCAAAGGCCGCAGCUCAAGCUGGAUCAUCGGCCGCUGGAAUGCCGCGGGCGCAUGCUCAAGCACCAGCUCCGAAACCGAAACCCAAGGCGAUGCUGGACCUUGAUCUCUACGACCCAGACGAAGAUGACGAUUGA